AUGGGUAUUCUUUCUGUUGCAAUUGGUGCUGCUGUUCUGCUGCAGCAGCAGCGGCAGCAGCAGCAGCAGCAGCAGCAAGCUGAUGGAGGCCAGCAUCGGCUGCCCUGGAGGGUGCUGCUGGGUCACUUGGCCUGGGUGGCUGUGGGGGUACUUUUGCUGCGGGUUUUGCUGCCCUCAUUCAGGCAGCAGCAGCAGCAGCAGCAGCAGCCGGACGUCAUGCAGCAGCGGCUUGCUGCUGCGCUGCACGCUGCUGCUGCUGAAACAGAAGCAGCAGCAGCAGCAGCGAUAACAGCAGCAUCUGAAGCAGCAACAGCAGCAGCAGCACAUGCACCACCAGACGCACGAGUCCUUCGUGAAGCAGCAAAGCAGGCACUGCAUGCGGCUGACCAACUGAAGCGUCUUCUUAACUACCAGCCGCAGCAGCAGCAGCAGCAACAGCAGCAGCAACAGCAGCAGCAGCAGCAGCAGCAGCAGGGCGCGCAUGAUGGAGCAGCAGCAGAACCUGCAAGCCCACCGCUUGCCUUCUUGCGACCUCAGCAGCAAACAGCGCUGCCGUCCUACGCAGCAGCUGCAACAGCAACAGCAACAGCAACAGCAGCAGCAACAGCAGCUGCAGAUGCAUCAAGCCCUUGGGCUCGGCUGCAGCCAGCCAGAAGGGGGAUUGUUCGCGCUGCUGCUGUGCUUACAGGAAGAAUGAAGCAGCAACAGCAGCAGCAGCAGCUGCAGCAGCUGCAGCAGCAGCAGCAGCAAGGGUUCUUGUGGCUGCGGAAGGUUGCUGCAGCGAGCACUCGUCUGAGAGAGCGUCUCUCUGCAGCAACUCAACAGCUGUCUUCCCUCCUCCAGCAGCAGCUGCAGCUGCAGCAGCAGCAGCAGCAGCAGCAGCAGCAGCAGCAGCAGCAGCAGACGUAUUGGUACAGCAGCAACCUGCGAGGGCCCCACAAGGGGGGCCUUUGGGUGUGGUGGUCCUUCUUAGGUUUUGCUGCCUCUUGCCUCGUCUUUAAUGCUGCAGAAAUCAUCAACUCAGCGCUACUUGCUGCUGCUGCUGCUCCUAGGAAACCGGUAAACCAGCAACAGCAGCAGCAGCAACAACAACAGUAG